AUGGCCAGCCAACUCACUACCGUAGAGCCCAACAAUGAUAAUUUAGAAAUUAAUCCAGGAAACGCAAAUGAAGAAGACUUUCCGCCUGAACCUCCGAAUCACGGCGUUCAACCGUCCUUUGGCGUCAUUACGCUUCUCUUUGAUGUGUUGCAAGCGGAAAGGAAGCAAGAUAAACGCAGAGCUAUCUUGGAUAGAUGGUUUCAGCUGUGGCGUGAAAAAGUUGGGCCAAAUCUAUACCCUGCUUUACGUCUCCUUCUACCUCAGAAGGACAAAGAACGCGCUAUCUACCAUAUCAAAGAGGCAAACAUUGCAAAGGCUCUGAUCUCUGUUCUCGGUCUUGAGAAGGCCCCAGACAGCGUUGCUCUGACGCAGUGGAAGCGCCCGACAGGCCAUCAAAAAUCAGCAGCUGGUGACUUCCCGGGUCUUGUAUACGAAGUCGUUGCGAAGCGUUCUUCCGUUACCGAAGGCACUCUCCGUAUUGAUCAACUCAAUGCUUUGUUGGAUGACCUGUCGAAACGUGGCUCGAAGAUGGAGCACCAGAGGCGUAUCUUUCAAGAAUUGAUUCAAAAAUGUACGCCUGCAGAAAUUCGUUGGAUAGUCCGCAUCAUCUUGAAAGAUCUGAGCGUCGGCGUCAAGGAGACAACCGUCUUCAGUGUUUUCCACCCCGACGCCACCGCUGUCUUCAACUCAACUUCUGAUCUGAAGCGCGUUGCUUAUCAGCUUUGGGAUCCUUCACAGCACAUUGAUGAUUCCGAUAAAACAGUGCAAGUUUUCCGAUGCUUUGCACCGAUGCUCUCAAAGAAACCUCCGAAAAAUCUAGAAGACGCUGUCAAGAGGUUCAACGGCGACACUUUCAAAGUCGAGGAAAAACUUGAUGGCGAGCGAAUCCAGUUACACAAGCGAGGGAACCAAUACUUUUAUUGCUCGAGAAAGUCCAAGGAUUACACAUAUCUCUAUGGAAAAAGCCCAGAAGAAGGAUCCUUGACGCCGUUUAUCCAUGAAGCAUUCCAUCCAGACGUAAAAGAAUGCAUACUCGACGGAGAGAUGCUUGUGUGGGAUCCUAUCAGCGAGCGGUAUUUGCCUUUUGGCACCCUGAAGUCUCAUGCAGGAGAUAAGCUUAUCAAAGGCGAUUAUCAUCCGCGGCCAUGCUUCAAAGUUUUCGAUCUGUUAUAUCUUAACGGACGGUCCCUUACCAAUAUGGCGCUGGAAGAUCGUCGAAUGAACCUCCUCAAUGUCUUCAGUGAAGUCGAAGGGCGGCUGCAAAUCAUGAAACAGUAUGAUGCCUCUACAGUUGAUGGUGUCAAGAGUCUCCUGCGUAGAGUAAUGGAGGACAGAGGUGAAGGGUUGAUCCUCAAGCAUCCCAGAUCUCCAUACGUCCUCAAUGGUAGAGUCGACCAUUGGAUCAAAAUAAAGCCCGAGUAUAUGGAUGGACAAGGGGAAACGUUCGACUUGCUUGUACUUGGUGGCAACUUUGGCACUGGAAAGCGCGGAGGAGGGUCUCUACAUUCAUUUGUGCGCUUCGAGACGACCGUUCAGGGGCCCCUGGUGAUGGCAAAAUGCACAGGAUUAUCCUUUGCAGACUAUGUGAUUAUUCGUGCAAAGCCGUGGACUGACUGGGGCAAGAAUGGGCCACCCUUUCUCCAGAGCGCACCCAGAGCCAACACUGACGACAAGUGUGAUCUCUAUUUGAAGCCAGAGGACGCGUUUGUCGUCACUGUCAAAGCGGCCGAAAUUACGGGAACCGACCAAUAUCAUAUGCCGUAUACUCUUCGCUUCCCUCGAGCCGUUCGCAUUCGAGACGAAUUCACAGCGGAGGACGCAGCGACAGUUUCUGAGCUUUUCGAGUACAUCAAUUCCGGCAAGAAGCGUAAGCAAGAGGAGCAGGAUGGGGGCCCGAGCAAGAAACGGAACACUGGAAAGAGAAAAAUCGCUGUUGUCUCCAGUGCAUUCCAAGCGUCGAAGGACAGUUUGACUACCUCAGCGUCCGAUAUAUUUGCUGGUAAAACAUUCCUUGUUAUCCCGGCUGUAAAGGCUACUGUACCGUACAAAAAGGCGGAUAUUGAACAAAUAAUACGCGCAAACGGUGGAACAGUCCGGGCCAAACGAACGAGGCGGCCAAAUGAGAUAUUGAUAUAUGGUGGAUCAAAUCAGCCGCCUGACGUCAAAGCAAUUGUUCGAGAUAAUACCCAGAAUAUUGUGCAGCCGCAAUGGGUGCUCGACUGUGCAAAGCAAAAGCGACUCCUCCCUUUCAAGUCAAAAUAUCUCUACCAUUCUGCUACAGAAGGUUCGGACACAGAGGACGAUGACGACGAAGGGGUAGAACUGGCCAUCAAAGAAGAGGAGAUGUCGAGCGUGGGUUCUAAAGAAAAUGGUUCUGGCGAGCCAACCCAAGACAUGUCCUCAACAGGCUUGGGAGACUACGAGUCACAACCAAAUGGGGACUGGAUCAAGGUUGAACCAGUGGACAAUAUGAGCCUAGGGAGACUGCCUCCAGACAGUUCUGAUGAAGAACUUACGGAUCAUGAAGAGCUUGACGAGGGUGAAGAUGGGGGAGAAAGCUGGCUUGACCUUUUGCAUCCGACCCAGGCCAUGGGAGAAAGCGCAGACGCAAUGGAAUACGAUCCAAUCCUCACAUUUAGGCAUUUGGUCUUCUACCUUGAUUCCCCAUCUUGCGCUCGCAAGAACGACAUGAUAGUGAACAACAGAAAGGAGGACGCGAUUCAGGCGAGGUUUCAAGAGGCGGCUGGACUGGUUACCCAGUUCGGAGGCAGGAUCUCAGAAAAUCUGAACGACGCAAGCAUCACUCAUGUUGUCCUCGACUCUGAAGAUACAAGUAGACGCAUCCCACUUAUGCGCCGAUUGGAAUUGCCCAGACGACGCCGCUUUGUACUGAUUGACUACAUUCAUUUUUGUGCCGAGGAGCACACGCUGGCGAACGAAGAAGACUUCCAACCGUGA